AUGGACCCCAUGGCUGUGUUGUGGCUGCUGCUGACAGCCUGGGCGCUCGAUCGGACUUGGGCGGUCAACCCCUUUGCGGUACAGCAGAUCCCCCCCGACCCUUGCUACGACGAGAAAGGGGUGCCCCGCCGCUGCAUUCCAGAGUUCGUCAACGCUGCAUUCGGAAAGGAAGUCCAGGCCUCCAGCACAUGCGGCAAGCCGGCCACCCGGCACUGCGACGCCUCCGAUCCCCGCAAAGCUCACCCAGCCUCCUACCUCACCGAUCUCAACACGGCCGCCAACAUGACUUGCUGGCGCUCGGAGACGCUGCACCAGUCCCCACAGAAUGUCACGCUCACGCUCUCCCUGGCCAAGAAGUUCGAGGUCAUCUACGUGAGCCUGCAGUUCUGCUCGCCGCGCCCCGAGUCGGCCGCCGUGUUCAAGUCCAUGGAUUACGGCAAGACCUGGGUGCCUUAUCAGUACUACUCGUCGCAGUGCCGGAAGAUCUACGGCAAGCCCAACAAAGCCACCGUCACCAAGCAGAACGAGCAGGAGGCGCUGUGCACGGAUGGGCACACGGACCUCUACCCGCUGACCGGCGGGCUGAUCGCCUUCAGCACCCUGGAUGGGCGCCCUUCCGCCCAGGACUUCGACAACAGCCCCGUCCUCCAGGACUGGGUGACGGCCACCGACAUCCGGGUCAUUUUCAGCCGGCCUCACUUAUUCCGGGAGCUGGGGGGCCGGGACCACGAGGAUGAGGAUGGAGGAGCGAGCUCUUCCUCCUACUACUAUGCGGUGGGGGAGUUCCAGGUGGGCGGCCGCUGCAAGUGCCACGGGCACGCCUCGCGCUGCACGAAGGACAAAGAGGGCAAGCUGGUGUGCGACUGCAAGCACAACACGGAGGGCCCGGAGUGCGACCGCUGCAAGCCGUUCCACUACGACCGCCCGUGGCAGAGGGCCACGGCCAGGGAGGCCAACGAGUGCCUAGCCUGCAACUGCAACCUGCACGCCCGCCGCUGCCGGUUCAACAUGGAGCUGUACAAACUCUCGGGGCGGAAGAGCGGCGGCGUCUGCCUCAACUGCCGCCACAACACCGCGGGCCGGCACUGCCACUACUGCAAGGAGGGCUUCUACCGCGACAUGAGCAAGUCCAUCACGGACCGCAAGGCCUGCAAAGCAUGUGACUGUCACCCUGUUGGUGCAGCUGGAAAAACCUGCAACCAGACGACUGGCCAAUGCCCUUGCAAAGAUGGGGUGACAGGGUUAACCUGCAACCGCUGUGCCAAAGGCUACCAGCAGAGCCGCUCACCAGUCGCUCCGUGCAUUAAGAUUCCUGCCAUCAACCCAACCUCUGUGGUCACCAGCACAGAAGAACCAGCAGACUGUGACUCUUACUGCAAACCAGCCAAGGGCAACUACAAAAUCAACAUGAAAAAGUACUGCAAGAAAGAUUAUGUUGUCCAAGUCAACGUCCUAGACAUGGAGACAGUGGCCAACUGGGCCAAAUUCACUGUCAACAUCCUCUCAGUCUACAAGUGCAGGGACGAGCGGGUCAAACGGGGUGACAAUUUCCUGUGGAUUCACAUGAAGGACUUGGCGUGCAAAUGUCCCAAGAUCCAAAUCAGCAGGAAGUACCUAGUCAUGGGCAUCAGUGAAAACCCCACCGACCGGCCAGGACUAAUGGCAGACAAGAACAGCUUGGUGAUCCAGUGGCGGGACGCCUGGACCCGGCGCCUCCGGAAACUGCAGAGGCGGGAGAAAAAGGGGAAGUGCUUGAAACCGUGA